AUGAGCCAAUGGGCAGAGUUGGCGGCUCGGAAGAGUUCAGUCAGUCGAGAAUCUCCGUGGCAGCAACCGGCUGAAUCCGGAGCAAUCAUGCUGAAACUCACCUACUUUCUUCUGCUAUUUACGGUCUGCAAUGCCGUCGAAUCGGUUCCCGAGCUGAAAGAAAACGGCGAAAAGUCGUCGUACACUCAAUUCGAUUCGGGCACAAAGCUGGAAGUGAACAAGGAGCACAAGCGAGUCAUCAAGAUAGGACACAUCGGAGCGGUCGGCGUGAUGCCCAACGACGCACUCAUUCUGAACAUCAGCAAAGAGAGUCUGAUCGAGGAGGGGCUCGUCGGCGAAGACAUUGAAUUUGAGUAGGUUCGGAUUGAGUAGGACGCUCGCAGACAGGAGACGCUUUAGGAUUGUGUCGAGACAGACGUGCAGUGAGAGUUUUGAGGGAGUCGCGGUCGCCGCGGAACUUUAUCACGUCCACCAGGUCAGGGCAUUUAUCGGACCGUAUUGUUCGGCAGGUACGCACCGCGCGGGUUUUUCUCUUUCUUUUCCCGUUCUUGAAUGACUUACUUGCUAAGCAUGUGGUUGUAGAAUUGGAAGCCGUCACAAAAAUGGCAACCUUCUGGAACAUUCCGAUCAUUUCAUACUCGAGUGUUCCGAACGCAGUCUCAGGUAUCUCCCAUGCUCAGUCGAUUCCAUUGAUCCGUCCGUUUAGAUCGGAGUGUGUACAAAACACUCGCGAGAGUUUCUUCGAAGAACACUAAUUCCAUCGCCGAAGCGACGAUUUCCCUUCUUCAGCAUUACAAGUGGAACAAGGUAAUGGAGAAGUGAUUGGGCAGAAUUCCACAAAAAAAAAUUGAUUCAGGUUGCAAUUGUCACAAAUACCGGAAGUACCGCGUAUGAAAUAGUGUCCAUCUUCGAGGAUAUAAUGCAUAGAGUGGGAACAACAGUGGUGAAGAAGGUGAUGUUCGAUGAAAACACCGAUUCGAACGAUAUGAUCAACACGGGAUUGCUGUCAGACUUGGCCAACAAUGCCAGAAGUAUCUAGCGAAACCAUCCUCUUUUUGAGAACGAUCCAAUUCUUUUUUUUCCAGUUGUCAUCUGUCUGUUCUCAUCCACAAAAGAUCUUUCGAAAGAGUUCAUGCAAGCCACGUACACUAUGAAUAUGAACAACGCCGAGUACGCGUACAUCAUUCCAUGGCUCCAGAGCGGACAGAAAGACUCGACUCCGUGGAUCGGAACCGACGGGGAAAUGCUGCAGAAAGUGAAGGACUACUACGCGAACGCGAUCAUUGUGGACGACGUCAAUGGAUUCGACGACUCGCUCGUCAGCUCAUUCGUCGAGAAGAUCGAGAAGCACGGACUGAAGAAAUCGGACAUUGAUACGGUGAAUAUUGUGUAAUUCUCCAAGCACUCCUCCCAUUAUUUUAGGGAAAUAUCAACGGAUACCUCCACUUGUUCGAUUCUCUCAAGCUGUAUGCAUUGGCAAUUCGCAAAGUGUUGAAUGAGACCAACAACGAGGCUUUCGUCACGAAUGGACAGUAUAUUUGGAAUAGGAUGAGACGGAUGAGCUUCGAAGGUAUCCCUUCUUACAAAAGAUUAAGGUGCAUCGCUUCUUCCAGGCGUCGUCAGCCGUGCGAGCUCCGAGGAAAACAAAGACCUCGGAGCAAUCGGAACUGUGCUCAUGGAUGACGUCGCAGAUCGGGCGCCCAUCUUUUCAGCUUUUUACAUAUCGCCGAAUAGAGAUAAGGUCAUGAAAAUGGUCAAUAUGGAGAGUGAGUUAAUCAGCAACUGUGACGGACUGAAGAACAAGAGUGGAUGCUUCCAAUUAGUUAGUAAAAGAAGAAGAAUAAAGAAUGAAUGAAUACCCUUCAGAAGAUAAACGACAUCAUCUCUGGAUUCUGGCCGAGUGAAGACGGAUCAAUGCCUCUGGAUGAGCCAGUUUGUGGAUACAGAGGACAGAAGUCUGUCUAGAUUCUGAAGACAUUUGAGGGAGUUUGAAAGUUUUCAGAUGCAGUUACCUUCUGGAAAUCAGCGUGGGAUCCUUGGUCGUCCUCCUCAUCAUAUUUUCGAUAGUCUUUUACUUCUUGUUCCAAUACUGGUACGUUCUAAAUCGCCCUUCCCUCCCGCAUCAAAAAUUUGCAGCGAGGAUCGUCAGCUGGCGAAGAUGCCGUGGCGCAUAUUCCACGACGAUUUGCAGUUUAUUGAUGAAGAACAAGUUCGUUCGAUGAUGUCCGUCGGAUCGGUGACCACGAAGAUGAGCAACAUGGAUGCGACGCAGAAAAUGCACGCGAUCAUCGGAGUGAACACGCACGCCACGUAUCACAAGUACCCGCAAAGACGGCCGAUUCGAUUUGUGAAAGAAGACAUGCAACUGCUGACUCAGAUGAAACAGGCGGUUCAUGACAACCUGAACCCAUUCCUCGGGCUUGCAUUCAACGAGAAGGAGGAGAUGCUGAUUCUGUGGAAGUUCUGCAGUAGAGGAACCGUCCAGGAUAUCAUCUACAACAUGAACGUCGUGCUCGAUGAGAAGUUCCACGGCGCCUUCGUCAGAGACAUCACGCUGGGACUCGAGUACCUUCACGCUUCUCCGAUCGGCUACCACGGCUCUUUGACUCCUUGGUGCUGUCUGAUUGACCGAAAUUGGAUGGUGAAACUUUCCGAUUACGGAGUUGCCAAUCCGUUGGAACGUUGGGAGAAACAAGGAGCGAUCAAUAUAACUGCUGCGAAAGAUGCGGAUGACAAAAGUCAGGCUUCUCAGACAACUUGUGAGUUCGGACAAUAUAAAUGAGCCAUAGAAUAUGACAUACUUCAGCUGUGCUCUAUUGUGCUCCUGAGCUGCUCAAAAACAGAGAAUCAAACCGGAAAAGAGGAAUGGAUCAGAGCUGGGUGAAGCAAUCGAUGGCGAGAAGACAGGCAGGAGACAUCUACUCGUUCGGAAUGGUCAUGUACGAGAUCCUUUUCCGAAGCCUGCCCUUCAGAGACAAUGUCAACGUUUCCGGUGAGCUGGGAGACAUAGGUAGCACUCAAAUGACUGGUUUUCAGAAUUGGUUGAGUACUUAUCCGACGGCUCGAAAGUAGUGACUCCUGAAAUCCAGAAUCAGAUGGGCUUGCACCCUGAUCUGAAUGCGCUGCUCAGGGACUGCUGGAGUGAAAAUCCUGAGAUUCGUCCGUCGAUCCGAAGAGUUCGUCUGAACACGGAAAUGGUGUUGAAGACGUUAGUAUCAUCACUUAAAAAGGCAGUUAUUGAAACUGAUUUCAGAAAGGGAAGUCUGGUCGAUCAAAUGAUGCGAAUGAUGGAGCAGUAUGCGAAUAAUCUCGAAAAACUGGUUGCCGAGAGGACUGGGAUGUUAGAGGAGGCGAACGUGAGAGCCGAGCAACUGCUGACCCAACUGCUGCCAGCUUACGUGGCAAGCGAGCUGAAGAUGGGCCGAUCCGUCCCGCCGAAGCUCUUCUCUUCGGCCACCAUCCUUUUCUCUGAUAUCGUCGGAUUCACCACCAUCUGUUCGGGAUCGACCCCGAUCGAAGUGGUCAAUAUGCUCAACGGACUGUACACUGGAUUUGACGAGUGCAUUACCAGAAACAAAAGUUACAAAGUGGAGACUAUCGGCGACGCCUACAUGGUCGUCUCAGGGAUUCCCGAGGAGAACGGACACGAGCACUCAAAGAACAUCGCUAACACGGCUCUGGACAUGCGUCAGUACCUGACCGGCUACCAAAUCCCGCACCGUCCCUCGCAACGUGUCCGCUGCCGCUGGGGAUUCCACACGGGAGCGGUGGCUGCCGGAGUCGUCGGACUCACUUCUCCCCGCUACUGUCUGUUCGGAGACACUGUCAACGUGGCGUCACGGAUGGAAUCGACCGGAACGCCUGGAAUGAUUCAGAUGAGUUUGGACGCGCACUCUCACAUCCGAGCCUACCAUCCAGUGUUCGCGACGACCGAAAGAGGGGAAGUGCAAGUGAAGGGCAAGGGAACGUGCUGCACUUUCUGGCUGGAAGACCGCGUGGGCGACAAAUCAACGACCAACUAUAUCAAGAACGAACAAGGAGUAUAA